AUGGAAAAUAGUGUUUCAUGGAGAAAUUCCUUACGCAGUGCUUCAUCGCAGAAUCGACGUGAUGGGCAUGGGGGUACUGUGAAUACAUUUGUCAGGGCUUCUUCUGGAAGGCGUAUGAAUAUUGCUAAUUCAACUAAAGAAUCUAAUAACUAUCCUAAAGACAUACAUCUCACCAAAAGCAAGAUUAAUAAGCCUCUUAAUUUACAUGAAGAUUGCUUCGAUGAAAUCUUAUCCUUAAAAAAAAAAAUCGCUUUGCUGACUGCACAAAAUAAAGAACUGAAUGUUCAAUGUCGUCUUUUUAAAGAAAAUUUGUCUAAAAAGGAGGGUGAGCUUGUGAAACUUAAUAAUCCUGCAGAGGAUUUGAAUGUAAAGCAAAGUGCACAUGGUAGCAAACAAAGCUUGUUGAGAAAUAUUCGGUCACUUCAUCAAAAACUUUUCAAACUGGAAACCCAACUGCAAGAGAAGGAUUCUGAGUACAGUCGUUUGGUAACGGACAUGAAAUUCACACGAACUGAAGAGUUGAGAAUACAGCUUGAGACUGCAUACACAGAAAUCAGACGGUUAAAAGAGAAGAUCCAUAUUAUGUCAUCAGAACAGUGUCAAGUGAAAGAGAAACCAUUUACAAAGCCAAGAAGAAGGAGUUCUACCUCUGAAAACAAUGAAGUCAAUACUCAAAUACGAACACUGGGAAAAGUGAUCAAAGAACUGGACCAGCAGAAGCAGGAAUUAAUAGCAAAGAAUCACUGUUUAGUCAGCAAAAUUCAGAAAUUAUACAAAUGUUUGUCAUCAAGCGACUUGAAGGAAGAUAUCAAUCCUUAUCGUGCACCUGAAGAUGAUGAGCACAGCUCUCAGAUCAGAAAAUGCACAAAAUCUUCAGAUGGUCAUUUGGUUGCAACUAUUAUUGAAAGUACUGUAUCUGAAAAGGUGAAAAAUGAAACGCCAAAAGUAUCAGUUAUUGUUCGACAAGAUGAGAAAACAGUAGAAGAAUUGGCCACUGCGAAAACUCAAAUAGUAAAUUUACAGCAGUUAAAUAAAACCUUAUCAGACGCCAAUGAAAAACUAAAGAGCCAGUAUGAAGUAAUCCAAAAGAAGAUGAAAGAGCAAGAAGCUGAGCUCCAGAAGCAUCAGAAAAGGCCUGUAAAGGAAGAUGGGUGUCAAACAGAAAUAAACAACAAUCAACAGAGCAAACAUAAUCAAGACCCUAGAAAUUAUGCAGUAACUUUUCAAAACGAAACAUCAGAAAAUAUAAUUGUUAAAGAGAACAGAGAGAAUUUGAAUACGAAUAAACUGCAAAACGGUGACGGGAACAAUAGUGGUGGCAAGAGACAAGAAACAAAUCAAACUGAAGUGAAACAGAAUGUUGAAGAACAAAACAGACAAAUCACUGAAAUUAAUUUGGGCAACACACAUGCACUACAACGGACUGAUGCUAACACAUCCAAAGAAAAACUUCAUGAGAGUUCAAAUGAAGAUGGCAGCGAUGAGAUUGCUCAAUUUUUUGAUUUAGCCUAA